UUGUCAUGAAAUUUAAUGAAUUAUUGACAGCUGAUAUUGUCUCAAACUCCAGCACUGUGAUUUUAUCACCUAUCAUGUUUGACAGAGUGUUACCUCUCAGUAUUACCUCACAUAAUGUUAUGGUAUAUGUAAUGAAUAAGAAAUGUUUAUUAACACGGAUAUGGUAUACCGCAAAUUGUUCCCUUUGACAAGCUUUUUGUGUGCUCUUGUCGUUAACAAACAAAAGAUGGAAUGAUAAAAGAUAUAGUAUUGAAUGUUCUGUAAUAUCAUAACAUACAAUUUUGUAACAAUAAGAAGUUGAUGAGCUCCUGUGUGAAAAAGUGAGUUAGAAGUGAAUAAACUUCCAUGGACUCUGAUGGAGUGGAUUUACAGUAUGGAUCGCAACAGAAGUUUAUAAACUGUUUUCAUGGUUCAGAGCAAGAAACUUUUGCAAGUCUGAAAUUCUGAUGGAGAAAUAUAGAAGUCCUUUAUAUUGUUAAAAUAGUAAACAAUAUGAAGAAAUUUUUUAUGACAGAUAAUGUAAAAGGUGAUGAGACUUUUAGAUAUUAUUAAAAUGUGUUGACAAAAAUGUAAGCCUUCUGAAAUGGAAAUUAGGAUAAUUUUAUGGAAACACUAGUGGACAUGACUUCAGUGAACUCUUGGAAGACAUUAGCAAAUCUAUCUUCUACAUUAGGAGUGAGAUUUGCAGACACUUUAGCGCAGGGAACUGAGUGUGAUUUGGAGAAUAAAUGUGAAAAAACAGCAUUCGAAAUUAACUUGAAUACUAUUACACAUAAUGGAAGAAAACUGGUUGGAAUUCUAAAAAAAUCAGGAGAUUCAAAAGAGAUUGGUGGUGAUAUUGAUAUAAGCUUCAAGAAUCAACAUCAUAAUGGAUUAGAGGGUAGUUUUCCUGCAAAGUGUUAUAGAAGACUUGACCAUGUUGAUGAAGAGGCUGAUGAAGGUCUUGGUGAUCUGGAUGAUGUGUUUGAAGACUUUGAGGAGGUUUAUGAAGCCUUUGUUGGGUCCGAGUGGAGAGAAUCUAGGGAGGGAGGAGAGUGCAGUCUUGUAGGGGCUCGGGAGGCUCUAGGAUGGUGUCAAUGCCCCAUGAGGGUGCAACAAGUCCGCACAUACAUACAUGGUGAUACCGGGUUGAGGGAACAUCAUGGCUGUAGUAUGACAUCUGACCUUGGUAGUCCAAUCUCACCUGUGGACAGUGCAGACUACCCGGACAGCUUCAAAUACCAUUGCGACUCGCUUUCGCUCAGUCGCCAGACACAUAAACAUUCUGAUAGUUUGUCAGUGUUGCAAACUUUCAUGAACAGUGAUACCAAUGAAAACAUUGUGCCUUAUAGUAGACCUUGGAAAACAAAUUUUCUACAGAGUAGGGAAAACAAUGCUUGUAUCGAUAUAUCUGAAAAUGACAAAACCUAUUCAGACAUGGUUGAUUUAAAAGCCAGUGUUGAAGACUCUAGUGCUCCUUUAACACCAUCAAAGAGCAAGUCUGUUCAUUUUGCAAUAUUUCCGAAAAUUGUUGAAAUACCUCGCAUCUCAGAUCUUGAAAAAUCCAAUGGCAAGGAUGUUAUAGUUCAGUCAGAUGAAACCAAUAGCAGAGAACAAAUAGGAGAUAAUAUUUCUGUAUCUGGUAAGGGAGAUAAUCUAUGUUAGUGUUGUAAUAAAAAUAUAAUAACAGCUGGCAACCACAACUAUUAAUGGCAAAUAUGUAGUUGCAUUUAAUAUCAUUUAAAAGUUAUUCAUGGACACCCCUAUAAUGUUAUUCUUUUUUAGGAAUUUAUAGUAUUGCUGUAUAAUACUAUACACCUAUAAUACUUCAUCAUAAUUAUGUAUGAAAUAAAAUGCCCUGUUUUAUCCUGGCCAGGGUGACAUAGAAAUGGCAUAUUGUUGAUCUUGUUGUGUUGGUUGUUAGGUUGGCCAGAUACACAUAGUAUAGUAGCCAAUAUAUAAACUACCUUUUAUAAAACUAUUUAAUAAAACAUUUUCUGGCGUAGUGUAUAUAUUUUAGAUUGAGCCCUGCGAAUCAGAUAUAUAUGAGUAUAAUGCAAUAUUAUAAGUAUACCGCCCCAAAUUUGAAUUUGACAAGAAAUUAACUUUUCCAGGAGCAUAUACGGUAAUUAUAAUGGUUAAAACAAUUUUGAACCAAUGGACUGACAGUAUUUUUCAAAAUAAAUGACUUUUAAAUAUAUAUUUAGUAUAUUGGCCUUCACAUUGAAGUACACAAUAGUUUGUUUAUUUUGUGACGCAAGUGUCAUACUUCUAUAACUAGUGUUGUACAACACACAUUUAUUUGCCAUAAUUCAGUUCUGCUUAGAUUAUACGAGAUUUUGAAAUGCAAAAUUCCUUUUGUUGUGAAAUUGACUUUAAAUACAUAAUGAAUAAAUCAUCAAAAAAUAAUUAAAUAAUAAUCUGAAAGCUUAGUUUGUAUGCAAAGGACAAGGCUAGUCAAAAAAUCACCCAACAUCUAUGUUGGCUUCAGAUGCACUGAAACAUCAAUAACCACAACAACAACUUGGUAUUUAUUGAGCUAACUAAAUUUCAGUUAUUUCCUUGUGGUGUUGUUCUACAGAAGCUGGCAUACCCUUGUAGUGUUUUACCAUGAGUUAUUGCCCUACAGAAGCUUUGUAGUGUUUUACCAUGAGUUAUUGCCCUACAGUCAAGCUGGCAUACCCUUGUAGUGUUUUACCAUGAGUUAUUGCCUUAUUGUCAAGCUGGUAUACCCUUGUAGUGUUUUACCAUGAGUUAUUGCCUUAUUGUCAAGCUGGUAUACCCUUGUAGUGUUUUACCAUGAGUUAUUACCCUACAAAAGCUGGCAUACCCUUUUAGUGUUUUACCAUGAGUUAUUACCCUACAAAAGCUGGCAUACCCUUGUAGUGUUUUACCAUGAGUUAUUGCCUUAUUGUCAAGCUGGCAUACCCUUGUAGUGUUUUACCAUGAGUAAUUGCCUUAUUGUCAAGCUGGUAUACCCUUGUAGUGUUUUACCAUUAGUUAUUACCCUAAAAAAGCUGGCAUAGCCUUGUAAUGUUUUACCAUGAGUUAUUACCCUACAAAAGCUGGCAUACACUUAUAGUAUUUUACCAUGAGUUAUUGCCCUACAGUCAAGCCGGUAUACCCUUGUAGUGUUUUGCCAUAAGUUAUUGCCCUACUGAGUCAACCUGGCAUACCCUUGUAGUGUUGUACCAUGAGUUAUUGCCCUACAGUCAAGCUGGCAUACCCUUGUAGUGUUUUACCAUGAGUUAUUGCCCUUACAGUCAGGCUGGCAUACCCUUGUAGUGUUUUACCAUGAGUUAUUGCCCCACAGUCAAGCUGGCAUACCCCUGUAGUGUUUUACCAUGAGUUAUUGCCCUACAGUCAAGCUGGCAUACCCUUGUAGUGUUUAACCAUGAGUUAUUGCCCUACAGUCAAGCUGGUAUACCCUUGUAGUGUUUUACCAUGAGUUAUUGCCCUACAGUCAAGCUGGCAUACCCUUGUAGUGUUUUACCAUGAGUUAUUGCCCUACAGUCAAGCUGGUAUACCCUUGUAUUGUUUUACCAUGAGUUAUUGCCCUACAGAAGCUGGUAUACCCUUGUAGUGUUUUGCCAUGAGUUAUUGCCCUAUUGUCAAGCUGGUAUACCCUUGUAGUGUUUUACCAUGAGUUAUUGCCCUACAGAGGCUGACAUCCAUGGGUCAUUGCCCUUUAGAACCUGGCAUACCCUUGUAGUGUUUUACCAUGAGUCAUUGCCCUAUGGAAGCUGGCAUGCCCUUGUAGUGUUUUGCCAUUAGUUAUUGCCCUACAGUCAAGAUGGCAUACCCUUGUAGUGUUUUACCAUGAGUUAUUGCCCUACAGAAGCUGGCAUUCCCUUGUAGUGUUUUACCAAGGGUCAUUGCCCUACAGCUUGGUAGUGUUUUACCAUGAGUUAUUACCCUACA